AGGAGAAUCUUCAUUUAUCACCCAGCUUUAAACACUUGUACUGUACUUUUUAUAUGGAUGUGCAUAUUGAAGGGGCCCAUCAGUGUAGCCCAGCACAUUUUCAAUUCGGUCAAAAUUUGCAAACUAAACAAAAUUGACCCAAAAGUCAAAAUUGCAAUUACGUUCCCUUUUGAUUGUACUUUUUUGCUUAUCACGAGAACGACGAAGCCUUCGCCUUCACCCGACGACGCCUCCGCCUCCGCCUCCGGUCUUCAGUCGACGACACAGACGAAGUCUCCUACUCCGGCCAACAGCCGCUUCUGCCUCCUCCUUCUUUCACGUUGUUUACAGGUCUGAGGUUAUACAUUGGAAAUUUACCAUUACAUAUGGAUGAGGUACUAGUGCAAAGAACCAAGAGCAGGAGGAUCCGUAUGGUAGAAAGAAAAACCAGAAAAAGAAGUGUUGAUAAACCCAAAACGAAACAUCUUGAAGCAAGGCAUACAAUGGACCGUAAAGAAAAGAAAAAGAGAAGUAUGACAUUGAUCAGAGAUCAUUCCAAAGAAUAUCUAUCAAAUUUAACAGUUGAGUUUGAUCAAUUCGGUAGAGCUAUUGGACCUAACCGCUUUAAGUUCACCAGUUAUCGUGGAGUGACUACGAGGAAGAUGAUUUCUAUCCUUAUAGAUAGUUGGGAUUUAGUAGAUCAAUGUGACAAGGAUCAAUUGUGGUUGAACAUAAAGAAUUAUUGGCAUAUACGAGAUGAUAAUCAUAAAGCACAAGUACUUAGAGAUUGCAACACGCAAUGGAAGGCCUACAAGUCGGCGCUUCUUAAGUUGUGGGAAAAAGGUGUCAAUCCAGUAAAAGAAUACCCGUACCUUGACAAAGCAAUGUGGAAAAAGUUUAUUGUUCUAAAAUCCACGGAAGAAUUUGAGGAAUUAAGAAGAAAAGGAAGGGAGGCAGCAAAUAAAAACAAGAACCAUCCUCGGUUGGGCCCAAGCGGGUAUCGUGGUAAUGAAAGCAAAUGGGAUGAAGAGGCAACAUCUGGUGUAACAAUAAAAGGCCACAAUAUAUCAAGCAAGCGGGCAAGGAAUUUUCUCUAUGCCAGGAGAAAACACAAUGCAUCGGGGCAGUUGGUUAUAACGCCAGAGACCGAACCUCUAGCAGAUAAGAUUAUCCAAAAAGAUAUUCUGUUAUCUCAAGGAGUGUUGGAGCUUGGACCUCGAUCUGAUCUACUGGCGGAGGUACUAGGACGGGAACAUUCCGGUCGCACGAGGGCAGUUGGUCAUAAUAUCGGAUUAAAGCAAUCAAUGAUUUAUAAAAGAAAAAAGAAAGAACAUGAGUUACCCGAUGUUGAACAGAUGCAAGAAAAGCUAGAGACGAGGAUGUUGAAUAGCAACUUUUAUGACAAGAUCAAAGAUAGGUUAAUGACUGAGAUGUCGGAACAAUUAGUACCGAUAGUGGUUGCUGCGUUGAAGAAAGAUAAGACAAUUGAUAUGGCGGAAGACACAAAUUUUUCUCGGGUGAAGACGACAAGUGUUGGAUCGAAGACAUCCACGACAUUGUUGGAUGAUUUGCAUAAGAUAACGGAAGCCACCGACUGUGAGUUGAUGCUACCAUAUGGCACAGUACGCCCAUCAUUAGCCAAAGGAACCAUCUUCCCUUUCGGAGAUGGUGUAAUUCAUUCGGUUCCUCUAGAAGCAGGGCACUUGAGGGUAUCAGUCGAUAUUAUCUAUGGAGAUCAUCAUUCUUUCCUUCUUCCAAUCUCGCCAAUUGAAGGUGUAUAUAAUCUAGGGCAGGCACUUCAUAGUUUUAUUCAAUGGCCUCGAGAUUCAAUUACUCUUAUUAAGAAAGAUAAAAGACCUCUCAUUGAACCAUUAUCAAUGUCGACCCAAGCUGCUCCUAUUCUUCAUGACCAGGAAAAAGAGAAAGAAAACGUGAAUGUUGAAGAAGCUAAAGAGCAGAAGAAGAAAGCAAAGAAAAAGCAAGAGUAUGAGAAAAAUCUUCCUAGAAAGAAAAGAAGGAAACUGGAAGCAUCUAAAGAGAUGAUGGGGGAUGAAGCAGAAAAUAGGGUACAAAACGAAAAGUUAUACAAAACGAUGCAAGAACCCAUGAUGCCAAAGAAACUGUUUAAGAGCCACAACAUUCCGGAGUCGUUUCCUAUUGUGUCUGAACCCGGGAUCUUCAACGCUGCGAGUGUUGAAACCGUGAUUAGCUCAGUGGCCAUUAUGGAGAUGUUGAACAAAGAACAACUUGAUAUUAGUUGUAUUCUCUGGUAUCAAAUAAUGCUACAUUCACUCAUGCUUGUAUCAAGAAUGGAUAACAAAUGUGGUUUUAUAAACCCACAAUGUAUCACGUCUACGAGAUGUGAAUACGAUGAUAGGGGUGAAACAGAUCAUGUCAUCAAUGAUCUUGUUGAUAUGAUGAAUUUUCAUGAGGAAAAACAAUUUUUUCUUGCACCAUAUUGGGAAAGGAGACAUUGGAUGUUGAUAGUGAUUUGUCCUCAUCAAUAUAAAAGCUACAUUUUGGAUUCUGCAAGACAGACAAAGACAUUGAAAGACUACACAAUAGUUGAACAUGUGAAUAAGGCUGUUACAAGGUUUAAAAAAACAAAAACCAACAAAUCACGUUUGUGUCCAAUGACUUGGAUUUUCCCCAAGUGUAAUCAACAAUUGUCCGAUUGGGAGUGUGGUUACUACGUUAUGAACUGGAUGCAUGAGUUUGUACUUUUUCGACAACAUGGAUUUCCGAAAAACAUUUGGAAGGACAAAAAACCAUUUUCUAGUGAGGAAUUGGAGGAACGUGUUAAAACAUGGAUGAGAACUUUUGGUGAUAAAGUGAAGCCUUUUUGUAAGGCAUACAAUGAAUCAACCACAAAGGGGAAAGAGAGGUUAGAGGUGACAAAGGGGAAAGAGAGGUUAGAGAUGUGACAUUAACAAAGUUUUUUCUGUUUAAUGAACUAAGUUCAUUGUAAUUUUUUUUUCUAUUUCUGAAAAUGAAAACAUGAUCACUGAUGUCCCACUUCUUAUGGUUGGAAUGGAAUCAUAUAGUAGGUUUGUAUUUUGUAGAGAUUGAUCCAUGUGUUCCAGAGCAUCCAUGGACUGGAAUUGACUGUUUGGAGUGGAAUUGGAAUGGAAUUGGUGUAUUAGAUGUGAGACAUCAAGUACGGUUGUUUAUUGGUGUAUUAGAUGUGUAUAUAUGGCGUAUUAGAUGAAUGUAUGCAUGCGAUGGUUGUAAACUAGAUAGGAUAAUAUAAUACGGUCAAAUAGCCGUACUCUAUUAUGCAUGUAAUCUAAUACACCCCUUUACUAAUACGCCCUCUAUGUACGUAUUAUAUUCACAAUUUCAACCGUACUCUAUUAACCUUUUUCUAGUAGUGUGGUUGUGGUAUAGGACUGGUGAUUGGAUGCUUGUUGUUUCUGCCCCUGGUGAUGGGACCGAUGGCACCAUCUUCGCUCCCUGUCCAGAUUCAUCACAUGUGCGUUUUUGAAGUCGAUGUAUUUCCGAUCCAGAUGAAAAGAUUCUAGGGUUGAUGAUGAUGAUGAUGAUGAUGGAUGCAUGGUUCUGUAAAGGAACAAAUGAUUGAUGAAAGGAUGUUUGUUCAUGUGUGGUGUAUGAUGAAUGCCAAGUGAAAAGAUCUUGGUAUGAAUGUACGUGUGUGGAAGAAUGAGGACUUCAAGAAGAUGAAGUCUAAACCCCUACAAGUUGUUUUGUAAUGUUUGGUGUUUGCGUGGUUUUUGAUCCUGAUGAAAAGAUUCAGGACGAAGAUUGAUGAUUGAAGAUUGAAGAUAAAAAUUUUGAAGAAUAUUGAAGUCUCCUUUUGAGUUAUACAAGUCUAGAUUAUGAGGAUGUGCUUGAAGAUUGUUUAAAGGAAUCUGAUCCAGAAAUGCUUCUGAAAAAAGCCCUUGUAUGUAUUCUCGAUGGAAAGUGGAGGAGUGCACAAAAGAAGUUUGUUUUUUUUUUUUUGUAGGAACAUAAAAGGCUGCAAAUAAGCAUUAGUCAACAUGCCUGUGGUUGUGGUUCUUGACAGGGGUAAAGAGAGAAGACUUUCCAAAGGUGAUUUUGACAAUUCACUUUCGGAAAGUACAAGUACAAGACAAGAAGGGACAUGCCUGUUACUGUUUACUUAUUUGCUGGAAUGAAAAGGUGGUGAUUUUAUUUGACUAAAUGGGUAAGAGAAGAAGUCUAGAUUAGGGGGGAAUGUUAAAAUGUAAUCUAGAUUUUGGGGUAGUCUGGUAAUUCAACAGGUUAGUUAUUAGAUAGUUAUAUAUGAAAGGGUACGAUGGUUGGGUCAAAAGUCAAGAUGGUUGAAGGCCUAUAUAUUGUCGUAUGUAAUGUUCUGUAAAGCUGUUCUUGAAUCUUAAUAAAAAGCCUUUAAUUUAGA